AUGUGCAUCCAGGCCACAUGGUUGCAGGGGCUGGAUUGGGACACCCCGCUACCGGAUGACAGCGCGAAGCGGUGGAUCACGUUUUUGGACGAGCUCCCCCGACUAGUGGAAAUACAAGUGCCUCGAUGGCUCUCCUGCUCCUCCGUCGGGGAAACGCUGGAGCUCCAUAGAUUUGCGGACGCCUCCGAAAGAGCCUACGGCGCUGCCAUCUAUCUGCGAAGACGAGGGAGUGAUGGAUGGCGUUGUUCAUUGAUGACCGCUAAAACAAGGGUGGCCCCACUUAAGCAAAUCUCACUACCCCGACUGGAGCUAUGUGCGGCCAGCCUUUUAGUGCGGUUGGUGAUUCACGUGCGGGAAGUCCUGACAUUGUCAGGUAAACCAAUCUACUUGUGGUCGGAUUCUACCGUCACGCUUGGAUGGAUACGUGGACAUCCUUCCCGCUGGAAAACCUUCGUGGCCAACAGAGUAUCUGACAUUCAGACGACACUCCCGGAUGGCCAGUGGCGCCACGUCGCAAGCGAGGAUAAUCCGGCGGACUGUGCAUCUCGGGGCCUGUCCCCUGGAGAGCUUGCGCAACAUGUCCUGUGGUGGCGUGGUCCUGCGUGGUUGACCGGCAACGACGACUCGUGGAGAAAUGCGAAGGCGACUGCCGGUGACGGAGAGCUCCCGGAACAAAGGCUCAAGGUUCAUGUUGGGACAUCACUGGAUCUCGAGGAGGAGGUGGAAGUGCUACAGAGGUACUCCACCCUUCAACGAGUGUUACGUAUCGCUGCUUGGUGCCGGCGAUGGUUGCUUGCCUUGAAGAGUGACCGCGAUGAGACUCUGAAGACGAGGACGCUGUCAGCGGACGAGAUUGACCAGGCACUGCUGUCGCUGGUCCGACUGGUGCAAGCCAGACACUACUCUGGGGAACUGGAGGCGGUGAGAAAGGGGAAGCCCUUGAGUACGAGAAGCCUACUCACGAAGCUGAAUCCGUUCCUGGAGAAAGGCGUUCUGAGGGUCGGAGGGCGGAUAAAACAUUCCCUACUCGCCUUCGAUGAAAGGCAUCCCAUAAUCCUACCUCGACGCUCCAUCCUCUCGACGCUUGUGAUCAGAUCCUGUCAUUCCAGAACUCUGCAUGGGGGAGUCCAACAAACGCUCGGGCUUCUCCGCCAAAGAUUUUGGAUUCCAGGCGGCCGCCUCGAGGUCAAGGCAUGCAUUCACAGGUGCCUGCGGUGUCUGCGAUGGCGGGCGGCAAUACCUCAACCUUUGAUGGGGGACCUACCGGAGUCGAGAGUGACGCCCUCGCGGCCAUUUCAGUUCACCGGCGUGGACUACGCCGGGCCCGUGAUGUUGCGCACUUCCGGGGGACGAGGACACAAAGCGCAUAAGGCGUACAUCGCUGUCUUUGUGUGCUUCUGCACGAAGGCAGUUCACCUUGAGGUCGUGUCAGAUUACACGACCGACGCAUUCCUGGCCGCUCUCCGACGAUUCACCUCACGUCGGGGCGUGUGUCAGGUGCUGUAUUCCGACUGCGGCACCAAUUUUACAGGAGCAGAUGCCGCACUCCGAAGGAUGUUUUCGGCCAGUAGCAGGGAAGCUCGGAGCAUCGGGCGAAUCUUGGCGGAGGAGCGGAUACAAUGGCGCUUUAACCCGCCGGCAGCCCCACACUUUGGCGGACUAUGGGAGGCGGCCGUCAAGUCGCUCAAGCACCACCUGAGGCGAGUGGUUGGCGAAUCAACACUUACGUUCGAGGAAAUGGCCACCCUCCUCGCUCAAGUGGAAGCUUGCCUCAACUCGCGGCCAUUGCAUCCACUGAGCGACGACCCGGACGACCUCACAGCCUUGACGCCGGGCCACUUCCUGGUGGGAUCAGCACUAUCGGCAAUACCGGAACCGUCGCUGGAGGAGGUCGCAACCAGCCGCCUGUCACGCUGGCAGCACUUACAAAAAAUGCGCGGGCACUUCUGGGACCGAUGGUCCAGCGAGUACGUGCAUACCUUGGCUGCCAGACCCAAAUGGUGGAAGGGUGCGACCGCUCCGACAGAGGGUCAACUAUGCCUCAUCCGGAACGAGACGACCCCCCCGACGAAGUGGCCACUCGCAAGGAUCACGGCAGUACACCGCGGACGCGACGGGCAUGUGCGCGUGGUCUCGGUGCGCACUGCCACGACCAGCUUUACAAGACCGCUUGUAAAAAUUGUUCUCUUACCUGUCGAAAGCGAACGGGAGAAUCAAAAGUAA